UUGGUCGAGAACGAGAAGGGGGCCGGUUUGAAAUUGCAUUUGGAGUCUUCUGUUCUCUUCCAUAUAACGAGGGGAGGUCGUUUAUUAACGGCUUCCGAUUUCGACUUCUUCUCUCCUUCUUGGAUUGCAAAGGAAAUCUGGAUUGGUGGAAUCGUCAUUGUGGUCUGGUUUCAAUCAUAAUUAAUGGCGUAUCGAAGAAGACAAGGCCUCACUAAGGCUUCGACGUUCAAGGAAGAGAUUCGAUAUCCUCCGGAAGAAAGCUCAUCGUCGUCUUUAGCCGCUCAAGCCAUCCGAGCUUCCUCUGCUCAUCGUGAUUCCUCUUUCUCUUCUGCCUAUGGCGAAUCCGCACUCGCCUCCGCUCAUAGGGAACCUAAUCGCCAAAGAUCUUCUGAAUCCACCCAGGAUCCAACGUCUUUUAAAUAUACAUCGUUUGAGAGUUUGAAUGAGUCCAAGCAUGGGUUUUGGGGAGUUCUUGCUAGAAAAGCUAAAGCAAUUCUUGACGAUGACAAUGUUGCCCAACAAUUUGAAACAUCUAGCAGAACAACACCCCAAAUCCUUGAAACGUCAACUGGUGGUCAGUAUCAGCAGCCUUAUCGAUCACCUGAAAGCGGUCGUAAGUUAGAGAAUCCUAAAAUUCAGAAGGGGUUAGAUGCAAUCACCUCCUCUCUUAAUUACCUUGGUGGUACAAUUGGAAAAUCUUUGGAGGAGGGUCUGACACUCGUCGAGAAUCGGACUGCAGACAUCAUCCAAGAAACCCGUAGGCUGCAGAUCAGGAAAAAGGGUAGCGGUUCUGAUUCACAGAACCAAGCCAAUGAUGUAUCUGCUCCACAGCAGCAAGCUCAGAUGCAAAUGAAUCAUGAGACUCAACUCAAGGCAUCCCGCGACGUUGCAAUGGCAACAGCAGCCAAAGCCAAACUGCUUCUACGAGAGCUAAAAACGCUCAAAGCAGAUCUGGCUUUUGCCAAGGAGCGAUGUGCUCAGCUAGAGGAGGAGAAUAGAAUUCUCAGGGAGAGUCAUGAGAAGGGGGAUACUCCAGAGGAUGAUGAUCUGAUCCGGCUUCAACUGGAGACGCUUCUUGCUGAGAAGGCUCGUUUGGCACAUGAGAACUCUAUCUAUGCACGUGAAAAUCGCUUCCUAAGGGAGAUUGUUGAAUACCACCAGCUCACCAUGCAGGAUGUUGUUUACUUCGAUGAGGGCAUAGAAGAGGUCACAGAAGUCUCUCCCAUUUCCAUUUCUACUUCCACACCAACCAGCGGGAGCUUCAUUUGGCCUACACCUGCAGCCCCAAACCCACCAUCUCCAUCUCCAUCACCAUCACCAUCACCAUCCCCUUCACCACCACCACCGUCCUCACCGCACGUUCUUACUGCUACUGUAAGUCCAGUGGUGGACAAGGAUGUUCGACCUGUUUCCACAACCCCAGUUACAGAGAUCUCCUGCAGUGUACCUCCAGGCUCUAGUCUCUGAACAGUCUCUCUUUCUCCAACUCAUCAAAGGCCUUUUUGCAUGUAACAUUAGUUUUUUUUAUAGACAUCUUGUGAAUCAUUUUUUGGGUGUAUUUAUAUGUAUGAUUUUUUUUUUAUAAAUCCACAACUGUAUUAGCUUUUCCUUUUGUUUCUUU